AUGACAACAAUACUCGGUAAGCCGGUUGGAAAGAUCGGUUACGGGCUGAUGGGCUUCACAUGGACUCCCAAUCCAACGACCUACGAAGAUGCAUUCAAAGUUAUGAAGGUCGCUCUUGAGCAAGGAGCCAACUUCUGGAACGGCGGAGAGCUCUACGGGCCCCCGGAUGCGAACUCUCUGCAGCUUCUCAGGGAAUACUUCACCAGAUACCCCGAGGACACAGAAAAGGUCGUGUUGAGCAUCAAGGGCGGGAUGGGCAAAGACCAUACCUUCGAUGGGACGGAAAAAGGGGUACGGCCCAGCGUGGAGAACUGCGUCCGAUUGCUUGGCGGAACCAAGAAGAUUGAUAUCUUCGAGUGUGCCCGCGUGGACAAGAGCACACCGAUCGAAGAGACGAUGAGAGCGUUGCUGAAGAUGCGCAACGAGGGCCUGAUCGGGGGCAUCGGCCUAUCUGAGGUACGGGCAGAGACGAUUCGACGUGCCGCCAAAGUCGCCCCCAUUGCUGCUGUGGAGAUCGAGCUGAGCCUCUGGAGCACCGGGCCGACAAAGAACGGGAUCCUCGAUGCAUGCAGGGAGUUCGGCAUCCCCGUCGUUGCCUAUUCACCGCUCGGCCGCGGGUUUCUAACCGGUCAGAUCAAGUCACCAGAUGACCUCCCCGAUGGAGACAGGAGGAGAAACUUUCCACGAUUCCAAUCGGACACGAUAGAGGCCAACAUCAGGCUCGUCAAAGCGCUGGAGGGUAUCGCCAAAGAGAAAGGGGUAACCUUGCCCCAGAUUGCCAUCUCAUGGGUGCUGGCCCUGGAGAGGGAGUUUAACGUUCCCAUCGUCCCCAUCCCAGGCUCUACCAGGCGGGAGAGAGUGCUGGAGAACACUACGGUGGUGCCUCUGGCUGAAGCUGACAUGGCAAAGAUCAAUCUCAUCCUCUCCCAGAAUCCCGUCGAAGGCGAGCGAUACGACGAGCAAGUCAUGCGCCUGAGUGAUGGAUAG